CGGCACGAAGACCCAUCCCUGGGCGGAGAAGUCGGCACCGCCUCCUUCCUUCCUCUUUCUCCGGGCGAACAUGGCUGCAUCUGCCGUCUGCUCGGCCGUGAAGAUUGGAAUUAUCGGAGGGACAGGUCUGGAUGAUCCUGAGAUAUUAGAAGGUCGAACAGAGAAACACAUUGAUACGCCAUACGGAAAGCCAUCUGAUGCACUGAUUUCAGGAAAGAUAAAAAACAUUGACUGUGUGCUUCUAUCCAGGCAUGGGAGGCAUCAUUCUAUCAUGCCAACAAAUAUCAAUUUCCGUGCCAAUAUGUGGGCACUAAAAGAAGAAGGUUGCACUCAUCUAUUAGUGACGACUGCCUGUGGUUCAUUACGGGAAGAGAUUCAGCCCGGAGAUCUUGUUAUAAUUGACCAGUUCAUAGACUGGACAAGAAAAAGGCAUCUCACUUUCUAUGACGGGACUAAUUCCUGCCUCCCAGGAGUGUGCCAUGUUUCUAUGGCGGAACCUUUCUGUACCAAAACAAGAGAAGUUCUCCUGGAUGUUGCCAAAAAGCUUGGAAUCAAGUGUCACUCAAAGGGGACAGUAAUUACAGUUGAGGGACCACGUUUUAGUUCUCGGGCUGAAAGCUUGAUGUUUCGUAGCUGCGGAGCUGAUGUGAUCAAUAUGACGACAGUCCCAGAAGUAAUUCUGGCAAAGGAGGCGGGAAUCUGCUAUGCGAGCAUCGCCAUGGCAACCGAUUAUGACUGCUGGAAAGAACAUGAGGAAACGGUCUCAGUGGACAGAGUUCUAAAGACACUGAAGGAGAAUGCAAAUAAAGCAACUAGUUUGCUACUCACUGCUAUACCUCAGAUUGGAUCCAUGGAAUGGUCAGAAACCCAUCAGAACUUGAAAAAUACUGUGCAGUUAUCCGUUAUGCUACCAAAACAUUGAAAACCUACCAAGCUACCGGACUUGAAGAUCAGAAGACAGACGUCUUUACUUUUAAAGAAUGCCUUUAAUGGAUGUGGCAUUUUUCCUUUCCAUCUGCUAAUAUGCUUCUUUUGGAAUAAGAUCUUGCAAAGGCUGAAGAACAGAACAUUCGCAGCAGAUUUGAAAAGUAAUUAAAUCUUCAAACUGACAUUUCAGACUGUGAACACAAUAGCUGAUACUUGAUCAUGUUCCACUGAUAUGAAAGAGGUUGUUUUUUUUAAAAAAAGAGGGUUAUUAGCUCUAGUUCAAAUAUUAGAUCAUAAAUCAAAAAUGGCUAAUUCAUAAUAAGCUAUGUUUAUAUCUCCUUGCUCACCCCCCCCCCAAAAAAAAAUGACCACCACCUCUAGAGUGGUUAUAGUAGUGGAUUGCCAUUCUGUAGCAUUUUUAAAAUGCAAAGAAAUUGUUUUGAAUGGGGAUUAAAUGCAUUUUUAUUAUGCUUUUUAAUAGAAAAUUACGGACUUUUUGUGUCUUCAGUUUAAUAUGCUGGAUUUCAUGAAUUGCUGGAUUUAUUUUCUUUUUAUAUGGUUUUUUUUUAAAGAGUUUGCGGCGGAUGGGUAGACUUGGUUGAUUUAUUAUUUUUUAUUUGAAUGGCUCUGAGGGGAGUUUUUGGACAGCAAAAAAGCAGGAUACGUAGGUUUUGUGUGGUAAAGAAAAAAGCCAUUUUAAGACCACAAAGGACUCAAUCAUGAAUUUUCUCAGUUGCUAAUAGUGAGUGUUGAGCAACUCCAUUUCCGUUCGAAGUUUUCUGGUGCCCUUAUGGCUCUGGGAGCUCUUCCAAACCAAGGCCACUGUGUUACUUCAGAAAAAACUACCUUUUAUUGAAGACAAUACACCAUUUAUUCUAGCAAAAGCAGCAGAGUAACAGAGACUACUGUAGGUUAGUGAUGUUUCUGAGUGUUUGAAGGCAUCACAAACCUGUUUGAAUGGGCUGUGUUUGAACGAUUAUGUAGUAACAGCCUCAGAAACUUCUCUGAACCAAGUCACUUGGGACUUUAUUUUUUUCCCCUAAAUAUUUU